GGAUUGAGGACAAUCUCUCAUCACUCAGUGACAACCCUGUGGUAGAUGAUAAGCAAAAGCGGCAAUACGACGAUGAUGAUACCCUCGCCUUGAUGGAAGUUGACUUGAAACUACUAUCAAGGAUGGAUACAGUGGACGCCGAGUCAGCUAAGGUGGCAAUCAACCACGACUGUCGAUUGGUUACUGUUAUUGGAAG